AUGGCAACAUUAUCGAUCCCCCAGCUUUCACUCGACUUGCCGAGCACUCGCAUGAGCGUCAAUUUCGAUAACUUUGCAAGCAGCAAUGAAUCAUCCGUUAGACCGGGUCGCUUGCCUUAUACCAGCCACCUACUAACAAGAAAACCGCUGCCUUCACAUAACGGCAAGCCCAUACGGCCCGGUUACGCUCUACAGCCAAACUUGACCGGCAUCGAAGAGCAUCGCGAACCAUAUCCUCCAGCACCAGCUCGUCAUGAUUCUGCACAUGGGCCUUCCAAGGCAGACAAACUAUUACACUCAAUCCACAGCGCUUAUUCUCUUUCAAGAACAGACUCGAGUGCGUCGGCCUCGACCUCUUCCAGCAAAUCCACGGUCGUCGAUUCCGUCUUUUCACGAGUUCCGAGCUCCACAAGCACUCGUGCUUCGUCGCCCAAUUCAUUCUGUACCCCCAAGAAGUCAGGCCCGUACUACGAGCCGACUCAGCUACUAGACCUGCCCCAAUCCAUAAUCGAACAAAUUCUGAGCUACAUUCUACCAAUAGGAUACACCGUAACGAUUGGACCGAGUUCAGACGCCCAACGCCACAUGUUCCACCGCUACCAUCGCCCAUCCCUCGACUACAUUAACCUUCGCCAAAUCUUGAAACACCCGGUAUUCGUCAUAUCCAAACAGCUUCGCUCGGAUGCCCUGGACGUUUUCUACCGGACGUGCGAUUUCUCGAUCGACCUGGCCAAUAUCUAUUACACAAAAGUCUCCUCGACGGCAGACGAGAACUUGAAACGCCACCAGCGCUUCUGGAAUCUCAACACUCCUCUGGCUAUAAGAGAAUCGCUACGGAGAGCUUCUAGGUUGAACGUUCGUCUACCAGUCCCCAGUACCGAGUCACACGGCAAAGGGAGAGACGAGGAUGACUGGAUGGAUGGCAGCGACGGCAAAGGCGGCGGCGGCUGGAUCGUGAAGAGCAUGAAGAAAGAGAAGGAGGACGCCGCCGAGAUACUGAAGUGCCUUGAAACCGUCGUGCGCUUGAUUAUGUCGCCAUCGGAGGAGGACCAGCCGCCUCAACGACUAGGUAGAAGCUUGAGUCUUCGCAGGAAGGGAAGCACGAAGAGCCGAACCAGUUCGCCUGAAAUGUCGGGAGAGGAUAGUAAGAAGAGAUCCUUGAAGAAAUUGGAGGUUACUCUGGUCAAGCGGAAUCCGUAUACGCUGGUGUUGCCAGAGUCGCUGGCGCUUAUCCGCGCCUUGCGAUCCAUGCCGGUUACUGGCUAUACCAGGUACUACUUCGAGCUAGAAGGCCAAAGAUCAUUGUGGGCUACAAAGUAUCGAAGUAAAUGGCGAGGCAAGGAGCCGGACGGCGAAAGCCUCCUUCAAGAUCUUCAAAGCCUGUCCAUGGCUGAAAAACAAAUCGAACCGAUCGUUACACCCACGGAGUUCAGGUUUGUGGGUGUGAACAGGAGCGGACAGCUACAACUCUCGGAUUUCGCAAUGCCGAAAACGCCCAUCACGCUUGAGAAACCAACUAGGUCGGCGAAAGAUGCUUCUGACGCUCCUCUAAUGCCGUCCUCCGCUGUCAAAUCUAUUCUACGAACCCCUUUGACGAUAUUUGGGAGGAAGACGCACGCAAGACUUGAUAGCUAUACUCUGAUCAUGAAUGAAGGCAUGAAUGGAUCUCAGCCAAGUAGUAAACCCAAAUCGGGUCGUGCACAACCACCAUCCAUUGAUGAAUUAAGGAUGAUUGCAGACGGUAUCAGGAAUGGCACCUACUAG